CGGUGCGGCGGCGGGCGUCACACAACGAAGGGGGGGAGAUUGCGAUGGGAAUAAGGAGGGAAACAAAAGGGAAAGGGAGAACGUGCGGAAUACGGCGGGAAUUGGGAAUGGGGGGGGGGAGAAACUCUCUGGGACUGGGACUGGGACUGGGACUGAGACUCAGCCUGGCCGGGAACUGGGGACUUGGCCGGGAGCGACACGGCGGACGGCUCUCUUUCUCUCCAACACAUUAACAAGGGACUCGAAGAAAAGAGGGGAAACGCUUGUCUUGUCUCUCUGCGCCUUGUUCAGAGUCCGACGAGCUAAUCAUCCAUGAUCCAGGUCAUGGGAUUGAGCAACCAAAGUUCCUAUUCGAAUCAACAACUUCAUCAAAUACAAGAGCCGCGGUCUCGAACCAGUUCCAUUACAUGGUACCGGUUUCCCAGGUUCCAUGAUCCAACACCAUGACCAAGCAUUCACUCACGGAGGGAAAUCCGCGAUCGAUGGGGGCAAAGGACGAACAUACGCACAGUACAUCGGAUCUGAUAAACGUCGAGCGGGAAGACACCGAGCAAACCCUUCUCUUGGAAACGAAUCCAUCCAAUGGAUCCAAGUCCCCCGAAACCAACUGCCGGCCGGUCAGGGGCGCAAGACCUGCUGUUGCUUUGCCUUCUUCGAUGGCUGGGGGUCCCAAUCCUAAUUUCAUCGAUCCAGUCAAGAAAGUCAACCACUGCAAUCCCUCCCCCAACCCACUUCGUGGGCUCCCCAUGGCAUGCUACAGUGGUGGGCAGAUCAGCACUAAACCGCGCCGGGGGGCAAAAAGGCUUGUCUUGUCUCGGGCCCCAGAAACCCAGAUCCGAUAUCUUUCAGGUUAUUGGGGAAAACUCAUCGUCUAUCCUUUAGAAGUACGGGCGUCUUUACCUAUAGUUGUUGAACGUCGUGAUGCCAAUCUUAUCCAAUACGCCGAUGUUAUUGACCGAAUGGAUCAAGGUGAACAAAGUCAACAUGCAGCAUCCAAUAGACCCAUCCUCAUGCAUCUUCUCUCUGCGCCUCUCUCCCUCUUGCACGGAUACGCUGCCACUCUGCUUCUUUGCCUGCCGCGAGCUCCCCUGCCCCAGUGGAGAUUUCCCUCUCUCCCAUCUGCGCGCUCGCACUUCUACCCGAACAUCGACGUCACCAAUGCAACCAGAAAGCGCCCCCAAAUGUCAAAUCGAAACUUUGAACAAUGA